AUGACGUCAACCCGGAAGUGAAGCAACUGUCAUGUAAUGUUUUCAAUGAGUGUCAUAUUCUGUGAUGGAAAUACGUGUCUGCGCGGCAGUAAACGGAGGGUAAUGUUUUAUGCACCAUAGACGAAGAAAUUAUUCCGUUGCCUUCCAUAUGUAACAGAGAAACAAGAGUAACUGACAGUUAAUAAGUUUGUAGUAAACAGCGUCCUGUAAUGUAACACGAGGUUAAGUAGGUUGUGUGUUUUCUCUGCUGGAAACACCAGUCGUAAAGUCAUGUAGGCUAUGUUUACACGGAGCUCACAAAUCAUUGCGGAUUGGGAGUUAUCGUUCAGUAUCAGUGCGCGUCAUGAUCAAAGGCACCUCCGCGCUCGUGAUGACUGUGCACGAGGCUGUCUGACUGAGCGAGACGAGUGCAUGUGGCUGAGCUGCGACCAUCUGACACGAGCAUGGCGGCGCUUGGGGCGAGAGCAGCCCUUCUCCACCUGAGGUACACAUUUCAGAAAGCAAGCGCCUUUGCCAGAGUCAGACUCCUCCAGACUUCCAGGAUAUGUCUCGUGAAAAGAGGCCAGACUCUAACCCAGUUUCCUAAAGUUACGUUGCUGUGCUGGACUGCAGUCAAUGCCACAUCAUGUGUUGCAAGAUGCCAGGAAGCCACCGUUGCAUCCCACACAGUGGACAAAAAGUCUCUAGCUAAAGUCCAGGUGCACAAACUCACAUUCUUCCUCCGCCUCAGCCUCCGCGCCCUGGUGCUGCUCCUCAAAUUUGGCCCACUUCUCCUCCUUGCUCCCUUGACUCUGGUUUCCACUUACUGGGCGUCCCACUGGCUGGACGCUCUGCUAUGGGUGACUGAGACCUCUGGUCCCACUUUUAUCAAGCUGGGUCAGUGGGCGUGCACCAGGCGGGACAUCUUCUCCCAGGAAUUCUGUGAACGCUUCUCCAGGCUCCACGUCAAGGUGCGCCCUCACUCCUGGGCCCACACCAAGCAAAGUCUCCGCCGGGCGUUUGGUGACGGCUGGAGAAGGCUGUUUGUGUUCGAGAGCAAGGAGCCGGUGGGGUCGGGUUGUGUGGCUCAGGUGUACCGGGGAUGGGCCAGGGUGGACAGUGUGGAGGACCCGGCCUUUCAGUCGCUGGUGGAGGAGAUAGAGAGGGAGGAUCUGCUGGAGGCAUGGGAGAUCCCCGGUCUAGGAGGCAUGGCCAGUUCCCUGUUGGGGCUAUGGAAAGGCAAAGGGGAGGAGGAGGAGUUCCAUAAAGACGGGAGUCAUCGAGAGUUCCAGCAGGAGGAGAAGGAGCAUCUGAUACCUGUGGCAAUCAAGGUGCUGCACCCAGGCAUCAGGAGGCAGGUGGAGAUCGACCUGUUGCUCAUGAGAGCAGGCAGCUGGCUGCUGCAUUGUCUGCCCGGCCUCAAAUGGCUCAGUUUUCCUGAGAUAGUGGAGGAGUUUGAGAAGCUCAUGACCAAACAGAUUGAUCUGCGUUUUGAGGCCAGGAACAUUGAGCGUUUCCAGGAGAAUUUCCGUGAUGUAGAUUGUGUCAAAUUCCCAACUCCGCUGCGACCAUUUGUCACCAGGACCAUCUUAGUGGAAACUUUUGAAGAGAGUGAGCCCAUAUCCAACUACCUGAGCUCUGAGGUGCCCCAGGAGGUGAAGCAGAGAAUAGCUAGGAUGGGAGUAGACACCCUGCUUAAGAUGGUGUUUGUGGACAACUUUGUCCAUGGGGAUCUCCACCCUGGAAACAUCCUGGUCCAGCAUCGGGGGUCAAGUGUCGGCUCCAGUGGCAGCGCUGGUGUCCCAGGGGAGCCCCACGGUAAGGCUACCCUCACUGACCUGUGGGACACAGUGGUGGUCAGUGUCAGGCCGGACCCGUCCCCUCUGCAGCUGGUGCUGCUGGACGCCGGCAUCGUGGCCCAGCUCAGCGACCACGAUCUGGCCAACUUCAAGGCAGUCUUCACUGCAGUGGUGAAACGGCAGGGGGAACGGGUGGCAGAGUUGAUCCUGCAUCAUGCCAGAGCUAAUGAGUGUCAAGACGUGUCGCAGUUCAAGAAGGAGAUGGCACAGCUAGUGGACCACGCCCUCAGCAACACCCUCUCACUGGGAAAGAUCCAAGUGGCUGACUUGCUCUCCAGAGUCUUCGGUCUACUUAUCACACACAAGGUGAAGCUUGAGAGUAACUUUGCAUCCAUCGUGUUUGCCAUUAUGGUGCUGGAGGGCCUCGGCAGGUCCCUGGACCCCAACUUGGACAUCCUAGAGAUGGCCAAGCCACUGCUGCUGAAGAACUGUACCUCACUGCUCUGACACAAACUGUCACACACACACACACACACACACACACACACACACACACACACACACAUACACCACAGUUCAAAAUCAGAUAGGUAAGUGCAUAAAGAACAAACAUACAUACUGUACAUACAUGCAUGUUCUCCCACCGCCAUGGUGGUUUGUCUUCAACAUUGCAAUCCCAGAUUCCACACGGAUCAGGAAAGUUGCAGCACAAUCCCGCAGCACUUCAGCAACACUGAUGCCAUAAAUACCUCAUUGAAUUUUACUUUGGUCUCUAUUUUAACUUUGAACUUUCUUGUUUUAUUUUACCAUGCGCCAUUUGGUUGAAGCAUGAAAAUUUUCACCCAUUGUAAUCAAAUAUUUUGCCUUGUCGACCGUUUUCUCAUAAGCUUAAUGAAAGACAGCAUGUGCUCUUUUCUUGAGGCACCACUUGUACUUUAUUGUGUGCUAAUGGAUUAAAGUCAGACACAUUGGCAAGCACACAGAUGCCAUCAGAGACCAUUUGUACCAAUAGAAGACAUAUAAAAAAACGUACUGUGACAAUCCCUAAUUGAUGCUUAGAGCAUGUUUUUACUUUUUACUUUUUAAUGACUAAUAUUGAUCUCAGGAUGUCUUUUAUCACUCUGUGUUUACUGUAGUAUAGAUGAUGUUGUCUAAUACUUGCUUUUGGUAUGAAUCUUUAAGGUACCAUUUGUUCUUAGACACUACAUUGACAUUGUGAAGCCUUUGCCUAAUUGUAAUAAAUGACCCAUGUCUUUUUACAGUCCAUCAAAAAUAGUGGGAACACAUCUGAAUCACAUUACAUUAUAUAUCAAUAAAAAAGGGAAUCUACAA